AUGCUUCUUAUUGAAUUAGCUAAAGAAUUUGUGGCUACAAUUGAUAAUAAAACGGACGGACAGUACAACUGUAAAGCCCAAGAAGCAAGUUCUUCUUCUGUUUUCGAAGAUGAAGAAUCAUCUGAAUCUGAGGAAGUUCCAGAAGAAGAAGAACUAGAUGAUGAUGAACUUUCCGAGCUGUACCAGACAGGAGAAGAAACAUUUUCCCCUAAGACAACUGUAGUUGAGGAAAAAGUUGUGGCCUUGUUGACUCCACAACUUGAACCAUUACCUAAUGAUUUUGACUCAUCAGCACCAUGUUACAACAUAGAUAUUGUUGAAACACAAGAGUUAAACAAUACGCAAGAUUCUUCUUAA